UGUUGAAGGAAGAAGAGCAAGAUGGUGAGAUCAGUAACCAUGAAGUUACUGGCACAGAGAAUAUCAGAUUAGCAGACUUGGACAGUAUUGUUAGUUUUCAACAGUUGAUUAAAGAAAGUUGGAGAGAAUCAAAGACACUGUGGAGGAUUGCAGGGCCUGCUAUUUUUAUCAAAUUAUGUUCAUAUUCAAUGCUAUUAAUCACAGCAAUAUGUGCAGGCCACUUGGGUGUUGUGGAAUUGGCAGCUGUGGCAAUUCAAGGCUCUGUUAUUGGAGGCCUGGCUUUUGGAUUCUUGUUGGGAAUGGGCAGUGCGUUGGAAACCCUCUGUGGUCAGGCUUUUGGAGCAGGAAAUAUUCAAAUGCUUGGAAUAUAUUUGCAGCGUUCAUGGUUAAUAGUGCUGUGCACAGCAGUGCUUUUGAGUUUUAUUUACAUCUUUGCCACUCCAAUUCUUAAGCUACUGGGACAAGAAGAUGAUGUAGCUGAUCUAGCGGGAUAUGCAAUUUGGAUGCUACCACAGCUGUUUGCCUCUGCAUUAUAUUUCCCAAUGCAAAAGUUUCUUCUGGCACAGAGAAAACUCAUGGCUGUGGCUUGGAUUGCCUUAGCUGCAUUAAUAGUCCAUGCUUUUCUUUGUUGGUUAUUAAUCUUCAAAGUGGGUUUGGGGUUGGUUGGAGCAGCUAUUACAUUAAAUCUAUCAUGGUAUAUUAUCGUUACUUGUCAGUUUUUGUAUAUAAUUUAUUUUUGCAGAGAUGCUUGGAAAGGAUUCUCCUGGCUCGCUUUUCAUGAUCUAUGGGCUUUUGUUCGACUUUCACUGGCUUCAGCUGUUAUGUUAUGUUUGGAGUUCUGGUACAUGAUGUCAUUGAUUGUUCUAACGGGUCAUCUAAAAAAUGCAGCUAUUGAAGUUGAUGCGAUAUCCAUCUGCAUGAAUUUGAAUGGAUGCGAAGCCAUGAUCUUCAUUGGUUUCAAUGUUGCUAUUAGUGUGAGAGUAUCAAAUGAACUGGGAGCUGGUCGCUCUAAUGCUGCAAAAUUUUCUGUCAUUAUCGUGAUUCUAACAUCACUUUCUAUUGGCCUUAUAUGUAUGGGUAUCAUUCUUGCAACCAAAAAUGAGUUUGCAGUACUAUUCAUAAAUAGUAAAGUGGUCAUGGAAACGGUAUCCAAUAUGGCAAUGUUACUUGGAGUGACAAUGGUUUUGAAUAGUGUACAACCAGUUCUAUCAGGUGUGGCUGUAGGCGGAGGUUGGCAAGGUCUGAUAGCCUAUGUAAAUGUAGGGUGCUACUAUGUUAUUGGAUUGCCCCUUGGCCUUCUUAUGGGAUACAAGUUCGACCUUGGAGCAAAGGGCAUUUGGACUGGCAUGAUUUGUGGAACAGCCCUCCAGACUCUUAUUUUGUUGUUAAUCACAUACUUCACUAACUGGAGGCGAGAAGUAAAGCAUCAUAUUUCUGCAGCGGCUGUUGGGAUCAUUAUCUCAUUACUGCGGUGACAAGUAUUUAUUUUGUAGUGUAGGCUGAUCAAGCUGAGGAUCGUGUCAGGGUAUGGGGAGGAUCGGCUGAGCCUUAUACAAAUAGAUCAUUGAAGGGGAAAGAGAAUGUUGAAUAUGAGAACAUCCCUUAGAAAUCUACAAGAUCUUCUAUCCAUGAAAACUUUGGCAAAUGUCUUCCUUGGAAAAUACUUGUUCUAAGGAUAAUAUCUGGAAGACCUCACUCUGUGAAGAAGAAAACUCCAAAUAUUUGAACUGCAGUUACAAAUUUAGUGGGUUGACACAAUAUGCUUAAGUAGAUGUUUUAUCAUUAGGCUGAUUGAUGUUACAUUUUUUUUGUUCUCUAGGUUCACUUAUAUGAAAGAUUGGAAACCUUUGGCGGAUCAGCUAUACCAUAAAUCCAAUUUGAGCGUAUAUCUUCUGGCCCGGGAAACAAAAAAUGUUUUUAAGAGAUGGGAAGAUUGUUCCCAAAAAGGGCAAAAAAAAAAAAAAGACAAUUUUUCUCAGUUUCCAGUUUGAAAUGAUUUACCUGCUUCUACACUGUGUUGAUAGCAAGUUUUGUUACAAUGAUUUGUAAAUUUGACUUUUGUCGUAAAAUUCGAUUUAAAAACGUUGUCAUGCAUUAAGGUAAUAUAAAUCUCGUGUUGAGAAACAAACUGCCUUUUGAAUACAAGCAUGAGGAAGUUCUCAUA